AAAUAUAUUUCACCUUAAGGCCAAGCCAAAGUUUAUUGGGCUUAAGCCCACAAUAUAAAAGCUGAAAAGGUCCCUAUAAAACAUUGUUUCCCUCCAAGAAGUCAAAAAUUUCAAAAAACCUUAUCUUUUGACUUUGACAAAUCUUCUCCCACAAUUCUCUUCCUUCUUCAACCUCUGACUCUCUGUUAUAUAAUACUAUCGACAAGUUACUCAUCAUCCCUACCUAAAACCCACAAGCAAAGUUUCAACCUUUCUCAUCCCCUUCAUCCCCAUACUCACGAUCUUCUCUUAUAAAGUCUCUUUAAUGGCGACCCUCGACAGUGACAUCUCCAGAGAUGUUAUCUCCGACCAAGAACAUCACGGGUCCGGUGCUAUUCAUGUUAUCACAGGUCCUAUGUUUUCCGGGAAGUCGACCUCUCUCCUCCGCCGUAUCAAGUCGGAGAUCAACGCCGGAAGAAGUGUUGCGAUGGUGAAGUCGAGUAAAGAUACGAGAUACGCCAAAGAUUCGGUGGUGACGCACGAUGGAAUCGGAUUCCCUUGCUGGACUCUUCCGGAUCUUAUGUCGUUUCCACACAUAUUCGGACAUGAUGCUUAUGCCAAGCUUGAUGUGAUUGGUGUUGACGAGGCACAGUUCUUUGGAGACCUUUAUGAGUUUUGCUGCAAAGUCGCUGAUGAUGAUGGCAAAACUGUGAUUGUUGCGGGCCUUGAUGGUGACUAUUUAAGAAGGGGCUUUGGUGCUGUUCUUGACAUUAUACCUUUGGCUGAUUCUGUGACGAAGCUAACUGCUAGGUGUGAGGUUUGUGGACAAAAGGCUUUCUUCACUUUAAGAAAGACUUGUGACACAAGGACCGAGCUGAUUGGCGGAGCUGAUGUCUAUAUGCCUGUUUGUCGCAAGCAUUACGUUAAUAAUAAUCAAGUUGUCGUCAAAGCUUCAAAGGAAGUCUUGGAUUCUGACAAGGCAAGAAGUGAAUCUUGUGUAGAGACAGUUGCUGCUAUGAUACAAACAUAAUUGCUAUGGAACCAGUAACAUUAUAGUCAUGUUUGAUAGUGAAUUCUGUUUUUUUUUCUUCUGUAUGCUUUUGUUUUACUUGUCUAGGUUUAUUCUCACUUGUGAUGUUUCAUGUAUGUAACUUAUAUGCUUGAUGAAUUCUUUAUAGCGAAUGAGUUCUGAUCCAUGUUUGUUUCA